CCUUUCUUUGCUAAAUUCAUAAAAUCCAUUUCGUUGUCCGUCGUCAAAAGUCAAAAAAGUUCCGCGCAAUCUGACGUGUAAUUAACAAAAAAUACCGCGGAUAGAUAUUUUAGAAGCUUAUAUUCUACGUAUACUCUGCGUUACCCCUUUCAUCCAUACAGUCAUCAGCAUCCUGGGAUGCCAAAACAGCAUAUUCGUACUGCAUUACUAGCAGCGUUUAAUCUAAGGUCUCUUUCCUCACCAUGGCGGAAUAGACUUUCUAAGUUAUUGGAUGAGCACUCUACUAAGAAAAGAGUGAUGCUCUACGGCAAGGACACAAAGAAGCUCACAGAAGCGCUGCUCAUAGACCCACUUACAGAUGACGCACGCUCUGUUCAGGUUUUGGAACAGCGCUACAAUCUCGGAGGUCGACGCAAUCAAGGCGAAUUAUGGACGAUAAAACAUAACGAGAGUAUUAGCACACCCUCCACAGAGCUCGUUUUAAUUCCACUUCGCGCUCUCCAGGAUGUUGAUAUUGUCGAAUGUCUAGAGAGCCUCCCAGAAGAGGAAGCACUCGACGAAGCUGUCUUAUCCCAUCAGUUGAUUAUCCAAUCGGAUGCUAGCACAUCCAAACUUGUCGAUCAAUUCAAAGAUAGACCGCUUACGACUCUCCUCGAUAAGAAUCUAAACGUUGCAGACGCACGCAAAGCGCUCGAUUUACUCAACGACGGUGACUACAAUGGUUACACUAACUUGAUGACGUCGUCCAACAUUCAAGCACUCAAGCAAGAUUAUAGAUUGACACACAAUGAUGACGAUAGGGCAAGACAUGCCAUUAUUCUGGCUUUAAAAGAUAGUAAUAAAACUCUCGAUGGGCGUUACCAAAAUACAAGUGAAAUUCUUGACGAAGAGCGAGAGAACAUCACCCAAAUCGACACUCUUUACACUAAAUUCCUCAGACAGACACCUUCUUUGGAGGCCAUACAACAUGACAAAGAGCAAUCACUUCAGAAAUCGCUUGAAUAUUUCCAGAAAACGCCUUUCUACUAUCUACCAAUCAAGGCGGACGACGUUGGUGCAAGUUUGGAGCAGAGUAUCAAUUCAAACUUCGCAAGAUCACUCGAAUUAGAUCUCGCGGCUGUAGAUUCCCAAUAUAAUAGCACAAAGAGCGCUGCUAGAGAAAUAUCCAGAGAACACCUCACUCGAGCUGCCGAGAAGGGGAUGACAACUGCUAUAGCAUCAAACAAGCUAGAAGAGAGUAUAAGAAACGACGACUAUAAGUUGAAGACCACCAAUAUUUGCAGAGCCGCCCGCAAGAAUCUCACCACCGUUGGAAGUAUACCAGACAUGAUUGCCUUGAUGGUUGAGAAAUCUUUAACGCGGUCAUAUGUAACUGUAGUAGCAAGUGCUGGAUUGGGAUAUAGCGGCAUGGUUGCUGAUAUCCUUUCAAGUGGUACAGCUGUUGGUUUGACCACACUUGGUGCAGCAAUCGCGGUUAGGAAUGUCCAAAAGAUGUGGAAGAAAGCUCAGAAGACAUUCACCGAGUCUUGGGAUAGAGCCUACAAAUUGAUCGAGUUUGAUUAUCAAGAAACUCUCCAGAAGGAAGCCAAAGAUGGUGUUCUGCGCGAUGUGAAACUAUCUAAUCAACUAACAAGCGAAUGGGUAAACACUGAGCGCGAAAGGUUGGAAGAAUUAAACAAAGAAAUUGAAACCGUUAGACGGACAUUGUAAAUAAUUAAUUUUGUUAGAUUUCGAUAAUUUAUAGUCUUCUCGUUAUGCCAUCAUCAACGAAAUCAUCCGUAGGGAAGGCAGACAAGGCUAAGAAGCCAGCUGCGGAGCCAAAGAGUAUAUUAAAGAACAAAAAAUCGGACGAAGUCGAAGAACCAAGUAGUGAGGAUGACGACGAGGGAGAAGAAGGCGACGAAGAAGUAGAAAGUGACGAUGAAAACGACAGCGACGAAGCACCUACUACGGAUUAUGAGAGUGACUACAAUGGCCUUCAAAAGAAACCAAAAAAACGUAAAAGAAAUGAAGGAGAAGCUUUCGCUGAAGCCUUAUCAAAUCUGGCGGAGGCUGAUAGCAAAAAGCUAGAAAUUCUUCCAGCCGCUAACAAAAGCCUCAAGAAGCACAAAUUAACACUCAAAGCUCAGAAAGUUCUCAGAGACGAGGCGAAAUCUGACCAGGAUAUCGGCAGACUGAGGGAUGUAGUCAGUGGAUGGGCAGUUCCAUCAACAAAGAAGGACAAGUUAGAUGACGAGUCUGCUCUUGUAGACGCAGGUGCUGAGAAAGAGAAGAGACUCCGUAAAGUCGCACAAAAGGGUGUUGUUAAGCUAUUCAAUGCAAUUUUAGCUGCUCAAAAAGCAGAAAGCGGUGCAAAAGUUUCAGAAAAGGAGAAGGAUAAGGGUAUUGGUAGGGCUCGAUUGGAGGCACCUGCAAACUUCCCUAGAGAGAAUAAGGGAAAGAAAAACAAUGACAAUGUCGCAAAGAAUGCUUUCAUGGAUGCCAUACGAAAGGGAUGAACUUGUAGUAUUUAUAAUUUAUUAGAUUUCUU